AUGACCCGUCGGUGGCCACCAUCCCCUUGCGUCGAGGAUGAAGAUGUGGCACUGGCCAAGGAGCAUGGACCUGGUAGCCAGCUGCGUGACUUGAAGAGCGAGGACCAACCGGCGUCCAGUCGCGGGUCGGUGGAUCAGUUUCCUAUAAUCAUUGACACUCAGGAACCGAGCACCACGCCCACGGAUGGACAGACAGCCGGAACUUGCCUCAAUCCGGUGCCUGGCAAUGUUUCCUCAACAGAGGGUGGAACGGAUCCUUCUUCAUCAGCCACAAAUCAUGAAAAGAGAUUCGUCUACCUUCCCUCUCAAGAUUCGGAGACGGAGUCAGCGCACCGGCCCGAGCCUAUCCCGCGAUCCAAAUCUGCCACCCGGCUUGCGGAGCACGAGGCCCGCAAAGCAAGACCCCAAAUUCCAAGGUUACAGACAGAUCUUGGUAUAGGGCACGAGGGGAUGGUCACAGGUCAUGGCCGUGCACCUUCUCCUUAUGCCUACAGACCAUCCGCGCCGACGAAUACGCUGUCUGCGGGAGCUCAAAACGGCAAUACUCUGUUGUCGCCGAUGGAUGCAAAUGGGCCAAAACGGCACUUGUCGGCACGUCCAAGUUCUCGAGUUGCACGUCAUGAAGACUUGGACUCUGACCACAGCUUGAGAUCGAGAAGGAAAUCCCACCGCAGCCGGAGCAGGCACGAGGCAUAUAAUCCCUCCAACUCAGACCGUUCCGACUCUGAGCGACUCAAAUCAUCAGCAACAUCAGAGAAGCUCCAGCGCUCACCGAGUACGUACAGCCGUCGAGGACAUCGGCAUCACAGCCCUGCAGCGUCCCUGGGAGGCUCCGCCGCGUACAGCUAUACAGCAGAACACAUCACCCCACCCCAGACACCCAAGCUGGGGACAGAAAGGCCUUCUGUAGUGGACCAUUCGCUUGCCGCUGGCACCACUCACGGUCGGUUUGACGGCAGAAGGAUUGUCGCUGAUUCUCCUUGCACUUCGUCAGCUGAGGAAGCACACAUACGGCGUCAUAGAUCGGAUGACGAGAGGCGAGCGACGCGCAGAGGUCGGUCGCGACGAGGUUCUAGAUCACACGCUGGAGAUGAAGCCAAGUCCCAGUCAAUCAGAGGCGUGUCUACACGCCGAGACCGAGCGAUUACGUAUGACUCGACCGACGAGUCGCAAAGCUCGGAGUCUCACAGGAGGCGACAGCGUCGCACACCUAGGGGUCUCGAUGCCAUGGAAGACUAUUUCGCAAAAGCAUUCGUCGCAAACCAGCACAAGCAAGCUAAGCAUGGCGAGACUCAGUCACGAGCAGUCUCUCCAUUGACAUCACCGCCGCAAAGUCCCCCGAGGACGCCACGCAGCGAACGCUCCUCCAAAAAUUAUUUUGAGCUACCUCCAACCUCCUCUGUGAAGCACUCCCGACAACGAUCCCGUCCUCCUUCGUGGGAUGAUAGCCACUUCAAAGACAUCAAACCACUGACAUCAUUGCUCGGUGCAGCAACUUUGGGUGCUUCUCUUGCGGCGAAGGCCAAUCCGGCCUUAUCGAGAUCGUCCACAUCGCACUCCAGCGAAACCCCACGCAGUAGCUCUCAAAGUCGUCCUGGAAGUGGCCAGCGGUCAAGGAAACCUUCACCAGUGUCUGAGGAGCCACCUUCAGUAUCUCACAGCAUCACAAGAACAAAUUCAACCGCAAUUAGAGACGAACCGAGGGCGACACGUACUACAUAUACUGUCCAUGAGAGUCGUGCGAUUCCAAUAGCCGCGACGUAUUCACCGACGACGGGCCUUGAGCCUCCUCGGUCCGGCUUACGAGCGGCUUCCUACUCACAUUCACAGACCUCUGAUCAUGCCAGACCGCCUGUCCUAUAUAGGGCACAUUCAAGCACGUCCAGUCCAUCAAGCCAGAUGCAUCAAUCACCUGUUCAUUUCUUGGCUACCCAGACGGUGGCAUCGGCCCCAGUAACACCGGAGCCUGCUUCAUUCCUCCCGCCGUCAUCGAGGCCUACUGCUCCUCCUGCGUGCCCCCGUUCACGACCGGUCGCUGGGCUACAAGACUGGUACACGAUCCGUGACUUGCCUUAUCUCGAUUUCUGCCCGACGUGCAUGGGUUUUCUUGGUGCGACUCGAUUUCGGGAUCACUUCAUCCCCAGUCGGCCCAAGGAUCCAAGACAGCCCGUUGCUUGUGCCAUGAGUCUUCCAUGGAUCCGGGUUGCAUGGUUGCAAUCGAUUAAGCAAGAUAGAAAAGAUCUUACCCUUGUCUGGCAGAUCAGCACUCCGCCUCCACCAGAAACACGGCCUUGCUCUGGUCACAGACCGGAUAUAAGGCGAUGGUAUCAUCUGACUGACCCAAGGACUGGGAGGCCGGUGGAGAAUUUUGAUAUAUGCUCGGCUUGUGUUAGGAAUUUGGAUCUGAUCUUCCCCGCGCUCCAAUCCCAUCUGUUCGAUCGACCGCCUAGCAAGCCUAGUCAGGAGAAAGUGUGCAGCAUGAAUACCAGUAGCCGACAUUUCUCGCCUAUCAUAUCGGAACUGGAAAGGCUCGCGGAGCGGCGGGAGAAAGAACAGCUCAGACAAAGAGAUAUCCUGGAUUUUGUGGACUUCAUUCGCCGAAUCUCUCGCCAUCGGGAAUGUGCCAAAAGCACAAUGUUGGCUACAACAUCCUGGCAUUACAUCAGUGAUCUUCCAGAGCUGACCAUAUGCGAAGAAUGCUUCGAAGAAGUCGUGUGGCCUUUAAGAGACCGACCGAUCGCGAGAGACGUGUCCAAGACUUUAAAGCUCGUCCCUCCCUUGAGGCGAAAUAACCUCGUGCCGGGGAUCAGUUGCCAACUUUACAGCGAUCGGAUGAGAAGGAUCUUCUAUGAGGCCGUCAGCAAGAACAAUUUUGAGAUAUUGAGGACCGCGGCGAAACAGAGGUACAGCAUGGAACACCGGCUGCAGGAAAUGCAAAAAUUGUACGAAAUGGACCAAAGGGCUGGGAUUGACAGGCGGGCGGAAAUCGAAAAGAACAAUGCGAUUUGGAAAUCCAUCGAAUGA